CAUAGAUUCGUAUGAAUUUCCUGGUUCUAUGCUAAUCUACUCAUUGGAAUCGACGAUUUAUAUAACUGUGUGUUAAGAAAUAUUUUUUGGACUCGUGAAUUCAUUACUCCAAGUCUGCUCUGCACUUCGAUUCGUGUGAGUACUCUUAUAGCGCAGUAUCAUCGAUGCGAUAGCCAAAUCCUCGAGUUAAUGACGUCAAAACGCCAUACAUGACGUAAAAUGUUUGAGCAUGAUAGUCUUAUCCUUCGGUCAUUUUUUUCUUCUGUCAAUGAGAAGGGAGUCAGGCGCCAGAUAUAAUUCAGCUGCUAAUUGCAAAACCGGAAUGAAUUUCACGAGAUUUCAUCGAACAGAAUACCGAGUUGCGAUAUCCCUUUCUAAAUCAUCCGACACGCGUGAUAUGAUGAAAGAAAAAGAAAGAAAAUUUCUGCGACUGUGAGAAGUGAUGAAACCAAUAAAUGGCAACUGUCAUUUAGACUAUUAGAACAAAAAAAUGAAAGAGAUUGUGUAGACACAUGUCUCCUGUCGAUCUUUAGCCAACACGAGCGGACAGAAAAAUGUGAAUAGUACACGUCGAUCGUUUACCUCUAACCGAUCGAAAUAUACACAAACGCGGCGUUCAGGUAUAUAUGUAUAGCCUAGCUAGACACAAAAGGAAAAUUCAUUCAAGUGCACGGAUGUUUUCCUCCCGAGCGACUGUGCGUCAAUAGUCGCAUGUAAUCGCUCUCACGUUCUACGUCUUGCGGGACUUUUACUGCAGAUGUACUGCUUCCAGAACCCGUUCUCGCGGGCGGCGCGCAGCGUCGUGACGAACCCCCUGAGCUCCAAGUGCAGCUCGGAGCCGAAGCGGCGCAGCAGCGAGGCGACGAGCGAGGGCUCGGGCUCGGGCUCCUCGAUCCGCUACAUCGACCAGCUCUCCGGAGCCAGCAGCACCGACACCCUGCCCGGCAUCCGCAACGACUACCUGGACAACGAGCUGCUCUCCCCGGGCCCGGAGUGCCUCGCGUCGCCGACCAUCGUCUUCACCAGCGAGGACAACAGCAAGACCACCGUGACCACCGCCUGCGCCCCGGCCGAGGCGCUGAACGCCGGCACGCCGUCGACGCCGCCGACGCUCGAGGAGCACGUCGGCAACGGCUGCGCCACCAAGUCCCGCCGCCGGCGCAAGCUCCUGCUCUGGCUGCGCUCCGACGAGCUCUCCAACUCGAGCAGCUCGGCCUCGCCCUCCCCGGCCAGCGACUCGUCCUGCAAGCAGCAGCAGCAGCAGCAGCAGCAGCAGCUGCAGAACAAGCCCUCGCCCAAGCACCGGCUGCAGUCCCGGAGGCACUACUCCACCGGCUCGAGGAGCAUGCUGCUGCGCGGCAUCGAGACCGGCUUCAGCGACGAGGAGGACGACGACGAGCUGGACGACGAGGAGGAGGAGGAGGAGGACAUGGACGAGGACGAGGAGGACACCUGCGCCCUCGAGGAGACCGAGACCGAGGAGGCCUCCUCGCUGCCGUCCAGCCCCGCGGCCCCGGCGACCGUCGGCCUGGCCAGCGGGGGUCCGCUGCCCAGCGUGCCCUACUACGGCUUCCUCUCGGUCAGCGGCGGCGCCAUGCGCCAGGAGAGUACCAGCACGAGCUCGCCCCAGCUGACGAGCGCCUGCGCCGCCGAGGGCGGGCGCACGCCCCCGACCGAGAGCCUCGUCUCGCUGAAGGAGGAGAAGCGCGCCGGCAGCACCGAGACCGUGGCCAUCAAGUCGCUGCAGCACCUGAAGCCCGGCGAGCCGUCCGGACUCGAGGCGACCCUCGGGCUGCCCGUCGCCCGCUCCUGCCCGAACCUCGAGCGCCAGAGCGCCGGCUGCUCCAGCGCCAGCGGCUCCUCCAGCCCCAGCCCCAGCCCGGGGCCCGCCGGGCCUCGCUUCAAGCCCAUCGAGGAGGGCGACAUCCAGGUCUGCUACCUCAACCACACCAGGACCCUCGUCAGCAAGAUACUCUCCAGCAGGUUCCUGCGCAGGUGGGAGACCCACCACCUCUAUCUCAACGACGCCUGCCUCUCCUCCAAAACCCUGACCGGGUUCCUCCAGCAGCCAGUGCCCUACAGCAGCAUGACGGAGGUGUACGCGGUCGCUCGAUGGGAUCCGACCUACAAAUACUGCCUAAGAAUCGUCCUGCCCGACGGCUCGCUUCUGCUCCAGGCGAGCAACGCCUACACGCGGGAUCAGUGGUACCACUCCAUACUCUGGAAGAAAAGCAUCUACAAGUACCAGCACCUCGUGUCCGAGGCCACGAAGGAGGAGGUCGUGCUGCGCGAGCUCAAGGCCCUCGUCGACUUUGCGCUCUGGACGCCUCUGCAGGACGAGCGAGUGGCGGGAGCGCCGCUGGAGUCGGUGGCCAAGCUACUGGACGAGCCGAGCCAUCUGGAGAGGGGCGACGACGCGACGGCCGCGACCAACGCCAUCAACAACGGCAUCACGAGCAACGGCCCGCUGAUAAUCUCCAAGCUGAUCGACGACUCCUCGCCGGACGAGGAGCUGUCCAUCAGCAACUCGAUCAACUCGACGAGCAACUCGGACGUCAUGCAGGAGGACAGCGAGGGCCGCAGCUGGGCCGAGGCCGUGCUGAACGUCGCGGCGCCGCUCCUGGAGCGCGCGGCUCUGCCCCCGAGCUUGGCCCGCGCGCUCGCCCGGCUGGCCCAGCGACACCCGCGCUCGCCCCUCGUCAUGGCGCUCAGCCCGGCGAUCACGCGCUGCCUCAAGCACACCGUCGACUUCGGCAAGUCGCCCGACAUGCGCCGGCUCCUCCAGGUCUUCAUCGCCGCGCUCUACGAGAACGUCGACGGCGAGCUCGCCAUCAGGGACUACGUCGCCUCGGUCCACGGGCCCGGCAGCGACUGCCCGCACCCCAGGAUCCUGCCCAACCUCGUCUCCAUCUGCGUCGCUGCGAUAUUCCACAGAUUCGAGGUGAGCUCCUGCAAGCAGCAACAGCAAGCGGAGGAGGCCGCGCCCACGUCACUGCCACCCUUAAGAUGCUAUCUUCUCGUUCUGAACAUUGCAUCCGAGUACGCCGACUGGCGACCGGGUCUCGGGGCGCUGCUGCAGCCGGUCCCCUUCCCGGAAGACGCCCUGGCCGACAAGGAGGUCCAGGAGACGGUGCUGUCGUGCGUCAUGCGCCGCUUGGCCAAGGACCCGCGCUGCUCGGUGCACCGGGUCCUGUUGCCGGUUCGAGAGCCCCGACCUGGCUGGAUCCACAUGGCUGCGCCAUCUAGUCCCGCCUGCCCGGACGAGGGUCAGCUCUUCGGCGAUAUGCUAACUACCCUGCUCGCCUGCUGCUGCCGGCGCAAACGCUUCAUAAGCUCGCUGCUCAAGCAGACGGGAGGCGCGUGCAUCCUGUUGGGCGUACGCGGCUGCGACGCCGCGCAGGAGGCUCUCUGCCUGAUGCUGGAAUGGCGACUCCUGCCGAACGAGGAGGCCCGGCUGCAGGUCGUCUCGGCCCUCCAGUCCACCGAGUCCGGCAAGACGAGGUACUCGGCGCUCUGCCAGAGGCAGAGGAAUCUCCAGGAGCUGCAACAGAAGGGCGGGCCGCGCAAGCUGACGCUGCCGGUGCGAGCGACCGACGCGGACGUGGCUCUGCUGCUGGGCGGCGGCGCCCUCGGCAAUCUCGAGUGCCUCAGCCUGGCCUUCACCUCCGUCACCUCCGCCUGCGCCGAGCAGCUGAUCAAGCUCCCGGCUCUGAGGUACCUCAACCUCUGGGCCACGCAGUUCGGCGACACCGGCCUCCAGAUGAUCAGCGAGCACCUGCAGAAGCUCCAGGUGCUCAACCUCUGCGAGACGCCCGUCUCGGACAAGGGCAUCUCCACGCUGGCCUCUCUGACGAACCUGCGCAAGCUCAACCUCAACAGCACGAAACUCUCGGCCUCGACGUUCGAAACGCUGAAGAAGCGGCUGCCCUCGCUGCAGGAGUUCGACGUGCGCUACACGGAGGCCUGGUGACCCGAGUACACGCCCGAGAGCGCCGCCAACUCGAACGGCUGCUCUCGGGACGGCUCGCGCAAGUCGCUCGGCAAAUCGGCGAGCGCCAAGGCCCAGCGUUAGGGCGGCCGGCGGCUCGACGAGGAGGGGUGAAAGAGCAGCACUGCGCAAACAUCGGGAACGCUGAAAGAAAAAUGAAACGCACCUAAGCGCAUCCUCCUCCGUAUAUCUCUCUUUCUCUCCGUCUCUCUCUCUCUCUCUCUCUCUCUCUCUCUCUCUCUCUCUCUCUAUCUAUGUAAUAAUCGUUGCAUUUUCUCGCGAUCGACGAACGGUCCUACGAGCGUAGCUCUCCUACUUAUAUAUUGUAUAUGUAUAACGAGAAACGAGAAUUAAUACCCGUUCGUUUUUUUCUCUAUCUCUAUCUCUCUCUUUCUCUCUCUCUCUCUAUAGAGCUCGGUCUCUAUCGUCUAUCUCUCUAACUUUGCUCCUUACCCACCACGCUCACUCUUUCCUCUUGAUCCGAUAUUGCCUUCCACCACAGACACACACAAUACGCGCACGCGCACACACACACACGUACAGACUCGUCGUCUAUCGUUUGCGAGACGCCUCCGAUAACCGUACAAGCAUAAGCGUGUUACAUUCAUUAUGUUUAUAAUCUAAACGUAAGGCCCGCAACUUGCGUGCGAGAUUCACAUGCGCCGAUUGUUUGUUCUUUUUUCCGCGGCUUGAGGAAUGGCAAUCGAAAAGCCGAGCUUUAUAGCGUUGUUUAAAUUUUUGUACGUGUUGUCAAUGUUAUAAUAUAAUGCUAUUCGUUGUGAAACUUGUUAAAGUUGUUUUUGGAAAGAUUUCGUCUUUUUUAUGACGCCUUUGCAAAGUAUUACAUUUAUUAUCUAGAUUCGCUGGUUCUAAUUCACUCAGACGUCGAGUUUUAUUUUUACGAUGGUUUUAUCUGCCUCUCGUCUGCCUCUCUGCACUCGAUGCACAAGGGUGAACAGUUGCUCGUCUGAUGAUGAUUCCUUGCUGGAGUAAACGAUUAAUAUAUUCCCGCUCAUUGGUACACGUGUCAUUGUAAGAGUUUCCAAACUUCUCUAUGCAUAUAUGUAUAACAUUAAACUCAUACAUGUAUUACAGAUAGAACCAAAGAGAAACUGGUUAUUUAAUAUUAUAAAAGAAAUGAAUCAUGCACGAUGGAUUUAUCUCGACACUUGAUGUUCGCAUUUGUCUUCAAUUAAAACGGCACUACGUAUGGUGGCAGUUUUCUCUGAAAGUUUUAAACCUAUACGAAUGACUGAGGCAUAAACGUUCGUCAAUUGUAAUUUAUUCAAUUUGUUGACAUGUGGAACCGAAGGAAAAAUAUCUCGGUGAAAAAGUAUUUACUUGAAAUUGAACUUGACGCUGCAUUGUCCGUGUUAUUCUUCAAGUAAGUAUUUUCUUGAACGCUGUUGGCGUUUACGCCUAAUCGUAGCAACGUUAGCGAUUAAUCCUGAAAACUGCGAAAUUGAAGUUGGCUUGUUAUCACGACUAUAAUAUACUACUACUACUACUAUUGCUACUACUAGAACCGUAUGCUAUGUACUUAAACCAGUGAAACGAUUAUUUUUCUCUUUAUUUUCUACUCUACGCACAAGUGCAGUGUAACGACUGUUCCAGUCGAUAAACGAGAAGCCUAUCUCUGCUUAGAAGAAGCUAUUUAUUUUGCUGAGAAAACUCAUAGAGUGUAGAUUCGAUUCAUAAAUCGAAAAUCUCUCCAUUUGUUUUCUAUACAUAUCAUCCAACUGCAUACUCUAAGACUUGAAUAUAUUCCAUUAAACUUUAAGCAGCACUCUUUAGAAUCUUUUAUUAAGACUUUCAACUCUGUUCUGAGAUUCUUCUUGAAUACAUAUAUAAAUAUACUGAACAUUCGCAUGAGAAUAGAUGGAUUGUUGUAAGCAGGGAUAGUUGAGAAGUAAGAGAGGAUAUUAAAAAAAAAAAAAAAAAUAUCACAAUAACGGUGAAAGUCUCAGAGAACCUAACG